CCCAAUAAAUAACUCCUAGCGGACAGUGAAUCGGUCCAUAUUCUUAAAGCGUUUUUCUUUCUGUGUGUUGGCCCAUCGUCAACAUUCAUACACGUUAGUGGAACCUUAUUUUCUAUCUUAUAAUUGUCCUUUUCGUUUUUAAUCAAAUCCUCUUGCUUCUUGCUACUUGCUAGUGUUAUUUGACUCAUUUUGCUUAUAAAAAUCGGUUCUUUCUCAAUCUCAACUCUCAUCUUGCCCACCAUAUCACUAUUUUUCCUCUUUUCCCUCUUGUCUCUGUUUGGAUAAUCCAAACCUCAGAUUGAGAAACCCGAAACAACAAAUCAACGAUGGUGCCACUCAGGAUGACAGAGAUGUGGGCGACAAUGGGGUCGACCAUAGCUAGCUUCAUGUUUGUGUGGGCGAUCAUACGGCAGUACUGUCCGUACGAGGUUCGUCGUUUCUUCGAGAAGUACACACACAGGGUCAUGGGUUACUUCUACCCUUACAUUCGAAUCUCCUUCCAUGAAUUCGUUGGAGAUCGGCUCAAACGCAGCGAAGCUUAUGCAGCCGUAGAGGCGUAUCUCAGCGCCAACACAUCAAAAAGCGCAAAACGGCUCAAGGCAGAGAUGGGUAGAGACAGUAGCAACCUCGUACUCACCAUGGACGAGUACGAGAGGGUGACGGACGAAUUUCAGGGCGUCAAAGUUUGGUGGGUCUCGAGCAAGGUUAUGUCUCCGACAAGGUCCAUGCCUUAUUAUCAAGAACAGGAGAAGAGGUUAUAUAAGCUGUCUUUUCAUUAUAAAUACAGAGACACCAUCACUGGAUCAUAUCUGGAGCAUGUGAUGAGAGAAGGGAAGGAGAUACGCUUAAGGAAUAGGCAGAGGAAGCUAUACACGAACAGUCCUGGCUAUAAAUGGCCAAGUUAUAAGCAGACAAUGUGGAGUCACAUUGUGUUCGAGCACCCUGCUACGUUUGACACAAUGGCCAUGGAGAAGGAGAAGAAGAAGGAGAUCAUCGAGGAUUUGGUGACAUUCAGUAAAAGUAAGGAUUUUUACGCCAGAAUCGGUAAAGCGUGGAAAAGGGGUUAUCUUUUGUAUGGUCCUCCUGGUACGGGGAAGUCUACGAUGAUCGCUGCAAUGGCUAAUUUGUUGGGAUAUGAUGUGUAUGAUCUUGAGCUUACCGCGGUGAAGGAUAACACAGAGCUGAGGAAGCUUUUGAUCGAGACGACCUGUAAGUCUAUAAUUGUGAUCGAGGACAUUGAUUGCUCUCUUGAUCUUACAGGGCAGAGGAAGAAGAAACCAGAGAUGGUCUCAGAUGAUGAUGUAGAUAAGGCGAAUGCAGACAUAGGAAAGAAAGAAGCAAAGGAGGAUGGCGGCGGCGGCAGCAGCAAAGUGACACUUUCAGGACUUCUGAAUUUCAUAGAUGGGAUUUGGUCUGCAAGUGGAGGGGAAAGAUUGAUUGUGUUCACAACUAAUUAUGUGGAGAAGCUUGAUCCUGCACUUAUCAGAAGGGGUCGAAUGGACAAGCAUAUAGAGCUAUCCUACUGCAGUUUUGAUGGGUUCAAAGUGCUUGCCAAGAACUACUUGAAGAUCGAAACGCAUCCUAUGUUUGACACAAUAGAGAAGCUACUAGGGCAGAUCAAGAUCACCCCAGCUGAUGUUGCUGAGAACCUCAUGCCAAAAUCUCCUACGGACGAUGCAGAAAGAUGUCUUUCGAGCUUGAUUGAAGCGCUUGGGAGGUCAAGAAAGCCGCGGCUACCGCAAAGGUGGAGGAACAGAAACAGCGUAUUCUGAUUAAGGAAAAUGGUGAGAUUCCAGAUGGGUGUACCAAAGCAAUGAAUCAUUGCCAGCGAUAGCGCAUAUUACUAGAUGAGUAUUAUUGUAUAAGAAGAUUCUGGCAGUGCAUCAUGUGAGGCAGAUUUGUCAUUAUAUUACUAGAUGAGUAUUGUAUCUUUUUUCAAUGUUGAAAACGAAUGGUUAGGUUCGAAAUGUUAAA